AUGCCAUUGUCGAGUGUGGUAUCUGAAGAACAAAAUGGCAGCCUAAGUCAUGUGCAGCUAUUAAUAGAAGAGCUCUCCGAUGGUGAAUUUCAACAAUUGUCAGAAUUCAUUCUAAAAAAACAUCGGAAAAAAGAUAUAAUUUCAGAAAUACAACCAAUGCUAGCCCAACAUUUACUCGCAUUGGUCGAUCCAAAAACUUUAUGCCUAAUAAGAAGAGUUUCUAAAGCUUGGAAAAUUCGCGCCACCGACAAUGUUCUUUGGAAGAAGCAUUGUACAUCCGCCGAUUUUCUUUCAGAUAUUCCUAAAUCCUUUAAACAUAACACUUUAUCCGCUGAUUACUAUUUCCAGCUUUAUAGACAUAAUGUUUUGGUUGAACAGAAUUGGGAGAAUUUUCAUUUCACACAAAACGUUUUCCAAGCUCACAAAGAAGGAAUCACGUGUAUAUCUGGUUCUGAAGAUUUGUUUUAUACCGGAUCUUUUGAUAAAUCGAUUAAAAUCUGGGAGCUACCUAGUAAAAAACUUUUAUCUACUUUAGAUCAUCAUUCUGAAGCUGUUCAAUGUUUGGCUUUAGGUAAAACAAUAUUAGUAUCUGGUAGCUGGGAUAAAACAAUAAUUGUAUACGCUCUUGAUAAUAAUUAUUCAAUAAAACAUAGAUUGCAUGGUCAUCUGGCCGGUAUAAUUUCUUUGACUAUGAUGCCGGAUGAAACUUUAUUAUUUUCUGGUUCAGUAGAUAAAAUCAUACGCAUUUGGAAUUUACAAAAUGGUGAAUGCUUACACAGGCUUGGUGGAAUUGGUGGAACAGUAGGCGCUUUAUCACUGAUUCCAAAAAAUCCUUCUCCCUCUUCUUCUUCAAAUAACAUCAUUGAUCAUAAUGAAGAAAACAUUCAAUAUUAUUUAGUUUCUGGAUCAAAUGACAAUUCAAUUCUAGUUUGGGAUCUCUAUUAUGAUGAUGUUGACAAUGGCAAUGAUACUCAAAAACAAAAAUCCUCGUCAUCGGUCGAAAAUAUAUCAAUUAGGAAACCUCGAAUAAUUAAAAGAUUAGAAGGUCAUACCAGGGCCAUUACUUGCUUAACAUGGUAUAAAGAUACUUUGGAACAACAAAUCAAAUCAUUUGAUCAAGAAAAUUCUUAUUUAGAAGACAACCAUCAUAAUGAUUUAGUUCACAUCAAUACAUCAAAAUUUAUAAGAUCCGGGUCAGCAUCACCAGGUGGUACCGAUAUUUCUGAAACUGAAGAAAUAGGAACAUCAUCAUCAUCAAAUACACAUGACUCGAUAGAAAAUUCAUUAAUAGAUAAUAAUGUUGUUGAUAAUAAAAAUAUUAAUGAUCCAAUCGUUAUUGAAACAAUUAGAAUUAUUUCAUCUUCUGCCGAUUCUACUAUUCAUAUGUGGGAUCUUGAUACAGGUCAAUUAAUUGGCAGUGCAAAAGAUCAUAAUGACAUAGUAUGGGAUCUUCAAUGUAAUUCAUCUAGACUUGUUUCCGUCUCUUCGGAUGGAUUUAUUAAAGUGCGAUCAUGGCAAAACUUCGGACCAUCUAAUAAUAAUAGAAGUAAUAAGAACAAUCGUACCAUGUCAGAUCAUUCCCCACAAUCUUAUGAUCAUGAGAAAAUCCUUUUUGCUCCAGCUGCCGCUCUUGUUGAAGUUGAUUGUGGUAUCAAAUGCCUUUUAAUGACUCGCGAAUGGUUAAUUUGUGGAACGGAAGAUGGAGUUUUAAUUGCUUUAGAAUUUCAUUAUAAUAAUAAACAAGCUCUAAAUGAAAAUACUUAUAAUGAAAGAAUGGAAAAUUUCAAAGAUUGGUAUAACGAAGUAUAUAAUAGUAUUGAAAAAUUAUACAAAUUAUACUUGGAAAUAGCCAACCAAGAAGAAAAGGUAGAAAAACGAUCUAAAGCAAAAGUAGAUGAACUACUUCAAAAGAUAUAUGGCUUAGAAAUUUAG